AAGCUAUGCUAAUAUGGUAGGACUUGAGUAAAUUUUGGCAUGUGAUUUUCAGCAGAUCAUUGUUCAGACAUCUAAUACAGUUAACUGAUUUGAGCAAAACAACCUUCCUUUGAAACACACUAUAGAUCGCCGUUAGGCAGACAAUUUCUGACCUCUUAGUUCUCAAAUGAGGUACCCUUCUUGACAUUUGAAAACGCAUUGAAGUUUGACAUUUCCCAAUACAGGCUAAAACCGUAGCAUUUCUGAAUUUCAAAAGAGACCCUCGUUUGACCGUUAUUUGUCCACCGUGAGAUCCUAGUCCCAUUCCCAAGAGGGCCAUGUCCGUUCACACUCCAUCCAAACUCAAUUCCCUGCAACGUUCUCUGGCAAUCGAUAUCUUCAAAGUAUAACGGAUAAUAAGGAACGCGAUUUUCAAUGCCUUCAGUCGUUCAAGAGUUCUUCGAAUCGUAAAGAAUGAUGGGCUACGGCUUGUUUCUGAUGAUUUGUAGUCUAUUCUUGGUUUCAUUCCAUGAUUGUCUAUCUGAUACAGAAAUAGAUGGUGAACGAUUUGUUGACGAUUUUUCAAUCGUCGAUUUACCUGAAUCCUGGGCCAAAAACAGCGAACCGAUAAAUCAUGAAGAACACCCAGUUGUGCAGACAAAACCGCGACGGAUAAAGAGAUCCUCCUGGAGUUUACCACCUAAUACAAGUACUAGGAUGAUUUUAGAUAUUAUCAUGCCAAUUGUCCCCCUAAACAACACUUUCAGCGCCUUGACUCUAGAUUUGAUUUAUCGUUUCGUCUUGCCUACAUACUCCCAACUCAACACACUCUACAGCACGCUAGGUCGAUUGGAUACAAACGAAUUGGAUGGAGACAAUGAGCGAAGUAAUGUAAUAGAUCUCGAAUUCUUUGAAGAACAACGAGCCAACAAUGAAAGACGCAGCAUCUAUCAGCAUGUUCAAGGCCUCUUUGAAAAUUUUGGAUUUGACGGACAGACUUGUCUCUUACGGGCCAUAUGCGAAAUGGCUGAAGCUCCAUUAGUCCAUCAAGGGCUUGUGGGAAAACUCAUUGAUUUGAUAUUCACGCCGAGUUUGCUGAAAGUACCGAAAUCAAUGGAGCCGUACCUCAGUAGCAACCGUAUAAGGAGAGAUGUUGUCAAUAUUCCGGAAUUAGAAGUUCUGCAUAAUCCCAUCGACGACGAUUAUACAGAUGCUUAUCGCACCGGUAAAGAAGGAAAAUGCUGGACUCGUUACUACACAUGCCCAGUAUCUAUUUUCAAACUUGUUAACUUGUUUUAAACCGAACACACCACACACAUUAAUUUACCAUUGAGCAUAAAAAUCAAACCAGGAAACUUCUAAAUUUUUUUAUGUUUCUUAUGCUAAUGGACACAUAUUUAUUUUGUAUAUUUAUAAUGAAACGAAAAACAAUAAAUUCUCUUUCUCUAAACGAAAA